AUGUCGGGGUCUGAAACCAACAUGAAAUCAUAUGAUGGCAGUUGCCACUGUGGCCAGGUUAGCUACACGGUGAAGCUCCCUGGGCCUAUAGAGGAGCAGACCGUGAAUACAUGCUCCAUCUGUAGCAUCAACGGCUAUAUCCUGGUUUAUACUAAAACGCCUUACGUGACUUUCCACAACAAAGACGAUGCUGUCAAGGUUUGA